AUGAAUCCUUACUUCAUCAAGAAAGGAGACGGAGAGCCACGAACCUACUUUCCUGUGCCGGAGGAGAACCAGAAAGAAGUAGACCUUGAUCCAUGGCCGGGUGCAGAGGAGGUAGGGACGGAGAAAACGUGCUUCAUACGCCAGCGGUCGAAGAUCGGCGAAAGUUG